GGGUGUGGGAGGGGCCCACAGCACAGCACCCCGCCCGUCUCGCCUCCUUUGGACUGCGGGGAUAACGAGCUGCAAGGAGGGAAGAAGAAGAAGAGCAAGCAUGAUUUGUGCUCAUCCUCUUCCGAUGUGUUUUUUUUUUUCUUCCCCUCGCCUCUGCGUCAAAGGGUACUGACUAAGAUUUCAGGACACAGAACUCCUUAUGUCAAACUGGGACUCAAAGAAACAAGAAUCCACAAUCUGACACAACCCGCACAAAACCUGCUGAAUUCUAUUGAAAAACGUAGCAAUUAGUCGUGAGUCAACGAUAUGCGUCCUCACUUCAGAGACAAGCACCUUCCUCUCUAGACGGGAUUAUCGAUCAAAAUCAAGACAUAACAUGCGCCCAUCCCUUGCCACCGCUGUCCUCCCAGCCAGGACCCGCGCCCAAAAUGCGCCCAAUUUGGCCGUGGGGAGCCGGGAGCACCUCUCGGCCCCCCGCAGGCGUAGCCCCAAUCUGCGGCACACCCUCAGCCCGGAAAACCUCCGAAGCCUGGCUGAGAGAGGGGGGGUAUCGGUGGAUGCCGUGUCCAUGGUGGGCGGUCCUGUUGGGCUGCUCCGUGCCAACAGCGACACAGACCUGGUGAGCUCACAGACCAGGUCUUCGCUGACCGCGUCCACCCUGGACUUCACGCUGAACAGGGGCCAGACCCUCGUCAUAUCCUGGGACAUCAAGGAGGAAGUGGACGCCACUGACUGGAUCGGACUGUACCAUAUCGAUGAGAUCAGCCCGUCAAACGUUUGGGACUGCAAGAACCGAGGCGUGAAUGGCACCCAGAAAGGUCAAAUUGUUUGGAGGCUGGAGGCUGGGCCUUACUUCAUGGAACCGGAGACCAAGAUUUGUUUCAAGUACUACCAUGGAGUGAGUGGAGCCCUAAGAGCAACGACACCCUGCAUCACUGUGAAGAAUACAGCUGUACUGGUUGAAGGCCUUGCGGAACAGGUGGGCAUUGAACAUCCUCGGAAACUGAUAAGCUUCACUUUGACUGAUCUCCGUGCUACUGGCCUAAAGAAAGGUAUGUUCUUCCAUCCGGAUCCGUACCUCAAGAUGUCCAUCCACCCUGGGAAGAGAAGUGUCUUCCCUGUCUUCAGCCACCAUGGACAAGAACGUCGCUCGGCCAUCAUUGCCAAUACCGUCAAUCCGGUUUGGCAUGGAGAGAAAUACACAUUUGUAGCACUGAUGACGGACAUCCUGUACAUCGAGGUGAAGGACAAGUUUGCCAAAAGUAGACCCAUCAUCAAGCGCUUUCUUGGGCAGUUGACCAUCCCCGUGCAGCGGCUUAUUGAGAAAAUACCUGGGUAAAUAACCACCCUAUAUGUGAUUUUGAUUGAAAACUAAGUAUUAGUAACAUAAAUAUAAAGAUAAAUCAUGUGUGUUUUGGUGUCACAGAGUCCAGCCCAUAACUUUUCCCCUGUGCCGACGCCUACCCACAGAGCACGUCAGCGGACAGUUACAGUUCAAAGUGGAACUCACCUUAAC